AUGGUGUACAUUCGGCAACAUUUGUUGCAAAACUUGCGCAACUACAAGUAUGCCGGUAUCGACCACUCGUUGAUCAGUCGCUACGUGUUGAAGCCGUUUUAUAGCAAAUGUGUUAUCAAUUUGUUCCCCAUGAACAUGGCACCCAAUCUUAUUACCUUGACUGGAUUCCUCUUCGUGGUACUUAAUUUCCUAACCGUGAUGUGGUACAACCCCGGCAUGGACACCGACUGCCCGCCCUGGGUGUAUGCGAGCUGCGCGAUUGGCAUGUUUUUGUAUCAGACCUUUGAUGCUGUGGACGGCAUGCAGGCGCGGAGGACGAGGCAGAGUGGGCCGCUGGGCGAGCUGUUCGAUCACAGCGUUGACGCGUGUAACACUGCCUUGGGAGUGCUCAUCUUCGCGGCCUCGAUGAACCUUGGAAACUCUUGGAUGACCAUCUUGAGUCUUUUUGGGUCAACCAUGACCUUCUACGUCCAGACCUGGGAUGAAUUCUACACCCAGGUGCUGACUCUAGGUAUCAUUUCGGGCCCCGUCGAGGGCGUCCUCACUCUCUGCCUGGUCUACGCUAUCACCGCGUACAUGGGUGGCGGUAGCUUCUGGCACCAGCCCAUGCUCGAGACCCUCGGCGUCGCCAAGCCGAGCUUCAUCUCAGAUCAAAUGUAUGAGAUGCCUUUCACGCAGUGGUACCUGAUCUACGGCGCGUUCGUGCUCUUCUUCGCUACGGGCUCAAGCAUCUGGCACGUUAUGCAGGUCCGUCGCCAGCGCGGCCUCGACCCUAUCACACCGCUCUAUGGUCUGCUGCCCAUGGUCGCCAUCUGGACCCUGGUCCCGGCGUAUUUGUACCUGCACCCCACGAUCCUAGAGAACCAUACCAUUGCCUUUGGACUGUAUGUCGGCUUGGUCAAUGCGUACGCAGUUGGUCGCAUGAUUGUCGGUCACUUGGUGCAGUCUGGGUUCCCGUACCACAACAUCCUGCUAUACCCUCUGGCUCUCGGUGUGCUGGACAGCGCCGGAGCCGCGGUGGGUCUUUGGGCAAACCCCGUGCUUGGGCAUGGGGCCAACCAAGUGAUGUUUGUGUUUGGAUGCCUAGGGUUGGCGAUUGGCAUCUAUGGUAGCUUCGUGUUUGAUGUGAUCACUACCAUUUGCGACCACCUUGACAUCUGGUGCUUGACCAUCAAGCACCCGUACGUCGAGGAGACCGAGCGUAAGGACGGCGCGGCCAUUAAGGCUUCCGUCGAGGGCACGGAGAAGAAGACCCUAUAA